UCGAGUGCACAGCACAGCGGCAGAGCGCAGGAUGUGGAGAGCUAAUCCUCUUUCACGGGCGGCUUUCGAUCGUUUUAUCCAGCUCGCUUGAUCAGGCUCGGGUCAACGAGCUUUGGCAUCACGACAAAUCGCAGCAGACGGGCGUAACGUUACAGACAGGCGGCAGAGGGAAGAGGAGGAGGCUCGAUCGGGGACACUGCAGCAUCAUCAUCAUCAUCACCACUCUCUCUCUUCAACAUCUCUGGCAUUUUAUAACACGAGCAGACACAAGGACGUGGGUAGUCAUGCCCACCCUAUCAUUUGAUUUCAACCUUAGUUUUUACUGUUAUUUGCAUACGCUGUGCGGAUGCGAACUUUUCUGGUUUACCCGGAUCAAAUCAAAGUAAGCCACACAGCAUCUCAUUUGAUGUUGCUCAAAUCCAGCCCGGUGUCUGCAGCCCCGCUCAGCUGGAAUGAAAGAAGAGCACUGCUUUCAGAGGAAACCGCGCAUCCAUCUGGAACAGGAAAUGAAUCGUCUUUGCUCUGUUAAUAAUAACUUUCCGUAUGACAACAACCUCCUGGUGCUGGACAUUGUGCUGAGCUCACUGUGGGCAUCGCCUCAGCCAAUCAACUGGGAGAAUGUUGCCAAGCUAGUGCCGGGGUUCACACCUAAAGAGUGUGCUCGGAGGUUUGAAGAGCUGAAGACUACAGGCAGUUUUCCUCAUGUCGAUGAGCAGUGUAACCCACUGACCGGAGCAGUGAGCUCUCCAUCAGAGUCCUUUUCCACCUAUAUCAAAUCCAAUGUACUGGACAUUACCAGAGAUACAGGGGAACCACAGUCCAAUCAGACCACUCUCUCAGUGUCAGGCCUCAAUGUUCUCCCUACUGGUCGAGGAGCCUCUGCUGAGACUGAGACUGCAGAUCCUGCCAAGAACACUGAGAGAACAGAAGAAAAUAAAAGCCCCAACAUGGUCAUCCACGUUUGCGAUGAGGCCAAAAACCUGAAGCAGGACUUUGUGUGUCCAAGGAACCUUCUAGUGAAAGAGAUGCGUUACUUUGAGGAAUAUCUGUCUGUGGACCCACAGCGCUGGGACGAGGUGGACAUUUCUGUUCACUGUGACGUCCAGAUCUUCGACUGGCUCAUGAACUACGCCAAGAGUCACAACACAGAACAAUCACACGGGAAACAUACAGAGAAACCAAAACUGGAGCACAGCAAUGUCAUCUCAAUCCUGAUCUCCUCCGAGUUCUUGAAGAUGGAAACUUUAGUCGACGAGUGUAUCCAGUAUUGUCACAAGCAUAUGAGUGCCAUCAUAGCAACACCGUGCAAUAUGAACUGCAUCAACAACAACCUGGCCGGACGCAUUGCUGAUCUCUUCAACCAUAAUGAGGCAGAUGAUCUCAAGGACAAAAAAGACAAAUUCAAAAGUAAACUGUUUCAAAAGAAGAUUGAGAGAAUAUUUGAUCAUGGUUAUCAGAAUCACGAUUCCCCUGGUAAUGCAUCUACUCUGUACAGAUGUGGACUUUGCCUUAAACUUCUAACCAAAGAAACGGAGAGAAAAAUCCCUUGUGUUCCAAACAAGAUCAACAUAGAUGCCCGAGGAAACAUUGUAUUCACUCAUUGCAGACAUAAGGCCUGGGAUGUUCAUGAGUAUGUGAAUGUGCUUUAUGAAGAGUUGAAGUCAUGGGUUCUGGUCUACUGGAGGAUCUGGGGCACUAUCAACUUCCUUACAUGUUCACGCUGCAAACAGGCAUUCUUGUGUACAGAGUUGGGUCAGUGUAGGUAUCACCCAGAGGCGGUUGUGUAUCCUGGCAUUGGGGCAGAUCAUAGAUGGCAUGGUGUUGGUGUUUACCCUUGCUGCAACCAGAAAGUCCUACGAUUCGAUCCCUCAUUCAUGCCCAAGGGCUGUAAAAUAAGAGACCACAUUGUGAGUGCGGCAGAUGGUGGUGACUGUAGCGAUCACAAUGUAAACUCAACCCAGACCAGAAUACUCAAUGACCUGCUGCUGCACAGAGACGCUGUGUGUGUGCCAGAGAGCUCUGAGGAUCUUUCUGUAGGCAGUGAACAUGUGCCAGGAUGUGAUGUUAUGCUUGAGCCAGGGGUGCUUACAGCUCACAGACCCAAGGAAACCACAGCUUUUUCGCUCUUAAAAAAUUGGAGUCUUCAGCUGCGCCAGCAGUCUCUACUAUCUGAAGAUGAAGAGUACACUACAGGGUCAGAGGUCACCGAGGAUGAGGUUGGGGAUGAAGAAGACACAUCAAAAAAACAAGCUGCAAAGAAAGCAAGGAAAUCUGGCAAACCAUUGAAAAGACAAGUGUCCUCCCCCAAUUUUCACCGUAAGGAGAAAUCAGGAGAAAAGGCACCAUCUCGAGAUACAACCCCAUUCACCGUCAGCAUCCAGAAGAAUAAGUGGGAUAGCAAUCGCUCCAUGAGGUACAAUCAGGAUGCACAGAGGGAGGAGGAUCAGAGGAGAAUGGAGGAGAUUAUAGCCAAUCUCACUAAAAUGCGCUUUGGUGACCAGGAGCAGACAAAGUUUAAAGACACAAAAGAGCCUGCAGGAGGCCUCUACUCGAGACUUGAGGCCCAGUUUAAGGCCUCCUCACAGUCCAGCGCAAGACAGAGCAGCUCAGAGAAAACUCUAAGAGCAAAGACACGCUCGGGGCCGUCAAGACCGACUUAGACGAAAGACUGAGCUAAGUGGAUGAGUUUUUGAAAAGGAGGAGGUAAAAGAGCUUGCUGCUGUUUGACGAGGCAGAAGAAUGCAUCACUUUCUCUUCGCCAUCCUCUUCUCCACUCCUCACCUCCCUCCUGACACAGCAGGAAGAGCAUUAAUCUUUUCCAUUACAAUCUCCGGAGAAGAAUGGUUCACUGGUGUGGUCGCUGAUGUCAUAGUUGUAGCUGCAGAACAAAAACAAUGGACCUAAUAAAAACCCUUGGUUGCACUGUAAACAGUAAAGGCUUUUGGCUGCUAUUGAAUGCAUCUACUGAAAACAAUCUUUAUUUAGCAUCGUUUGCUUCAUCUCAUCUCAUGUCUAGCUCAGGAUUCAUCCCAGCCGUGGUGUCCCUGCUUCAUUCUAGCCGACUCAGGUGACCAGACAAAGCUCAUCUCUGUGGUUCUGACCCUGCACUUUAAGCCGUCCUAAUGCAAUGACUCAAACCUGUAUAAUACGCAGAGAAGCCACUGGGUAAAGAGUGACGUUGACGACUAAUACCUGUGUGGUCCAUCGUUUUGUUGCACUGGAACUAGAACUGUGCCAUAUGGACCGAUGUGACAUGGAGUAGACACAGAAUAAAUAGAAUAAAUCAUUUAAAAAAGA